AAGAAGAAAGCAAUUGAGUAAAUUAAGACUUUUUUUAUUGGUUAAUAUUUUUUUUAGAUUAUAUAAUUAUAAUUAUUCUUAUUUAUUAAUAAUCUAAGCAAUAUCAGGCAGGCAGAUAUGGUUUGUUGUUGUUGUUUUUUUUUGUAUUUUUUAUCUUAAAUUUGAUUGGUUAUUUAGUUACCUGGUUAAGUUUACCUAUUUUCCUACCUAUCUAAUGUUAUUAUACUUAUAAUAUACAUACAUAUACAGUCCAAUGUACUCAAAUAUAAGGAAUAUAUUACUAAGAGAUGUACAUAUGCUUUAAUGUGUGUGUGGGGGUGCGUGCGUGCGUAUGUAUGUCUGUAUGUAUGUAAGUAUAUAGGUAUACAUCUAUACACCUCAAAACUAUAAAUAAAUAUAUAUAUGUAUUGAUUGUAUAGGCAUUAUUUCUUUAGUAGGUUAGAAAUACUAAUUCAAUGAGGAUAACCUAUAUUCUUAAAAUAAUGAUUAUUUAAAUGUAUACAAAUGAAGUUUAAUACAAUCAUUAUUCAUUGUAUAUUCAUUAUAUUUCACUUAGUAACAAUAUUAUAUUAUGUAACAUGUAAUAUACCAUAUUAUAAUCAAUUAUCUAUGAAACAAUCUAAUCGUAAUAUUAAUUCUUUAUAUAAACAAACAAAUCAAAAUAUUGAAAGUUUAUCAAUAAAUAAUCAACCAAAUAUACCAUAUUUACAAACUCAUGAUCCAGAUCUGAAUGAUCCAAAUUAUAUAACAAUAAUAAAUAAUACAGAUAUAAUUAAUAAUAAUAAUAAUAAUCAUAAUAAUAAAGAAAAUCAAUUAAAAGAAGAAAUUCAUACAAAAACAUCAAUGAGAGAUCGUAUUGUUAAUUUAAUUAUGUCAAAAUAUAGAAGUUAUGAACGUCCACCAGAUGGUGGUAAUGCAACUAUAGUUACAGUAAAUAUGAAAGUAUUAGCUAUAUUUUCAAUUGAUGUACGUACAAUGGAUUAUUAUAUUGAUUUAUUAUUAAGACAAGUAUGGCGUGAUCGUCGUUUAUCAUGGUAUGAUAUACCAGAAUUUUCAAAAUUUAAUGAACCAUUAGUAUCACCUAAAUUAAAAGAACAAUUAUGGUUACCUGAUUUAUUUUUUCGUAAUGGUAAAGAUGGUUAUUUACAUAAAUUAACAUUACCUAAUUAUUUAUUACGUGUACAUCCAAAUGGUAAUGUAUUAUAUAGUCAAAAAAUAACAAUGAGAUUUUCAUGUCAAAUGCAUUUACAAACAUUUCCUAUGGAUAAUCAACAUUGUCAUAUUAAUAUUGGUAGUUAUGGUUAUACAUUAAAUGAAUUAAAAUUUGUAUGGAAUAAUGAUAAACCAGUUGAAUUAGCUGAUAAAUUACAAUUAUCAGAAUUUGAAACACCUAAAAAAUUUGAUACAAAUGAUUGUUCAUCUGGUUAUUCAACAUCAACAGGACAAUAUACAUGUUUAAAUGCAACAUUUGAAUUACAAAGACAAUUAGGUAGUUAUUUAGCCACAACAUAUAUACCAAAUGUAUUAAUUAUCAUGGUAUCAUGGUUAAGUUUUUGGGUUAAUGUUGAUUCAGCACCAGCACGUGUACCAUUAGGUUUACUUAGUUUACUUGGUAUAUUAACACAAGCUAUUAGUGUAUCAUCAACAUUACCACGUGUAUCAUAUAUUAAAGCAAUUGAUAUAUGGAUGAUAUUUUCUAUUAUAUUUGUUAUAGGUGUAUUAGUUGAAUAUGCUAUAGCAUUAACUAUAUUAAGACGUAAACAAUCUGAAACAUGGCAUGAAGAUGUUAAAGAAAUAGUACGUGAAGAAUUAGCACGUUGGUGUACUAUAUGUCAACAACAACAAUUAAUACAAUUACAAAAUUCACAUAAUUUAACUAGAGGACAAUUAGAAUUUCGUGAAGAAUUAGAACAUUUAUUAACUAAUCAAUUAAUUGAUGAUCAUAAAGAUAAAACUAAACCUAAACGACCACCUGGUUUAAUUGAAUCAGAAAUUGAUACAUAUAGUAGAUUUUUAUUUCCAGCAUGUUUUGUAUUAUAUAAUUGUUUUUAUUGGUGUUAUUUUUUAAUUAUUGUCAAUCAAAUUUAAUAUAUAUAGAUAUAUAUAUUUUAUAUCAUUAAGAUCAUGAUCAAUUAUUUAUUGAUUAUUAAUUGAUCGAUCAAUGAAUCAAUCAAUCAAUGAAUCAAUCAACCGUUAUCUUCUUUCUUGAUAUUUGUUGCUACCCACAUACAUAAACAUUUCUAACUCUGCCACAGUUUCUUAAUCAAAUAUAAUUGAGUUAAUGUUAUGAUCAAUUAUUUAUGUAUGUGAGGUGAUUAUUAUUCAUUCUUUAUCAACUGAUCGAUCAAUCCCUCCUUAUCUUCUUUCUUAAUAUAUGUUACAUUACUUAGAUACCAGAAAUGUUUCACCUCUUCAAUAAUUUUACAAUCAAGUGUAAUUCAAUUGAUAUUACGAUCAAUGAUUCAUGUAUUUGAGAUGAUCUUAUUUAUGAAAAAAAUCGAUCAUUUAUUCAUUCUUUAUCAAUUGAUCGAUCAAUUAAUUAAUUAAUCAAUCAAUCAAUCAAUCAAUCAACUCCCCCUUAUCUUCUUUUUUUUUUUGAAACAUCUUGUUGUUGUUGUUGUUGUUUUUGUUUUUCUAAAAGGAAACAAUUCUAUUGUUUAACUUUUAGAUUAAUUAUACAUAUUGAAUAGAAUUUAUUGAAUUACUAUCAUCACCAUCACCAUCACCAUCAUCAUUACUAUUAUCAUCUAUUACAUAAUCAAUACUAUACUAUAAAACUAAUAAUUGAUUUGAAUUCUUUUUCAACUAAUAACAAAUACAAUAAAAAUUCAUUUGUAUACUUUUAAAUAUUAUUAUUAUUAUUAUUAUUAUCUUUAUAUGAAAUUUCAUUGGGAACAUUAUCAUUAGUAUCAUUAGUAUCAUUAUUACUAUUAUUAUCAUUAUGAUUACUAUUAUUAGUAUUGUUACUAAUAUUACCAUUAAAACCAUAUUCAAAUUAAACAAAUAAACAUUGAUGCAUUUAACAAAAUAUUUAUGGAACAAUAUUCAAUAAUUGAUAUCAUCAAACGUUUUCAUUCAUGUCAUUAUAUAAAGUAUUAUUAUUAUUAUUAUUAUACAUGAUUAUAACUUGCUUCAAUGUUCAUUUUUUUUUGUUUUUUUAUUAUUAUUAUUAUCAUUAUU